UUAAUUUCUUUCUCCUUGUCUUUAAAGGGUGCCAAAGGUUCAUCUGGUGCCGCUGGCCUUCCUGGAGAGGGUGGACUUGCUGGUCUUCCAGGACCAAUGGGACCUGUUGGACCUCCAGGACCCCCUGGUCCUCCUGGCCCAAGCUAUCAUGUUGGUUUUGAUGAUAUGGAGGGCUCUGGCGUUCACUUCAGUUCAGUCCCUGGAGUAAGAGGACCGAUAGGAAUCCAGGGACCUCCUGGUGCCCCAGGACCACAAGGUAAACCUGGCUUACAAGGAUUUCCUGGUGAGAAAGGCAGUGAGGGAGCUCAGGGAAAAGAUGGCCAGCCUGGUUUGGACGGCUUCCCUGGACCACAGGGACCAAGGGGCGACAAGGGAGACCGAGGUGAUAGGGGUGAACCUGGUCGAGAUGGAAGUGGACUCCCAGGUCCACCCGGCCCCCCCGGACAACCUGGACAAAUUAUUUAUCGUUAUUCUGAAAAUUAUGAUGAAACUGGAAGACCAGGUCCUCAGGGAGGGGGUGGUCUUCCUGGUCAAGCAGGCUUUCCAGGCCCAGUGGGACCAAAGGGUGACAGAGGAGAACCUGGCUCACCAGGCUAUGGCAUUAAGGGUGAGAAAGGAGAACCCGGAGUAAUUCUUGGACCUGAUGGAAACCCACUCUUCCUUGGUGGACUGACAGGCCAAAAGGGUGAGAGAGGGCUUGCUGGACCAGUCGGACCUUCUGGUCCAGCUGGACCUUCUGGUUUGAAAGGUGAAUUUGGAAUGCCAGGCAGACCCGGCCGUCCAGGUGUGAACGGAUACAAAGGAGAGAAGGGAGAACCAGGGUCAGGCUCUGAAUAUGGCUACCAAGGUCCUCCUGGUCCCCCAGGACCCCCUGGUCCCCCUGGACCUGCUGUGCCCUUGGACAGAUUUGGUAGAUAUGAAGAUUAUUCGAGGCACUAUCCAGCUACGAAAGGAGAGAAAGGAGACCAGGGAGCUCCUGGUGUUCCAGGUUUUUCCUCUAACUUUGAUAUAUACGCCCUAAAGAAUGAGAUGAAGGGGGAGCGUGGUGAGUCUGGUGUUAAAGGAGAGAAAGGAGAGCCAGGAGGUGGAUUUUAUGACCCUCGUUUUGGAGCUGUACAAGGACCACCAGGAAACCCUGGACCUACCGGACCUAAAGGAGAUUCAAUCAGAGGUCCCCCUGGACCGCAGGGCCCACCAGGACAACCUGGAGUUGGUUAUGAUGGUCGUCCAGGAAACCCAGGACCUCCUGGACCGCCUGGUCCUCCAGGGUCACCGUCAUUGCCAGGAGCCUAUAGACCACCACUCAGUAUUCCCGGACCUCCAGGUCCCCCCGGCCCACCAGGAAUUCCUGGCACUGGAUCUGGGGUGACUUUCUUGAGGUCUUAUGAUAUAAUGAUAGCCACAGCACGCAGUCAGAAUGAAGGUGCUUUGAUUUACAUUUUGGACAGAAAUGACCUCUACCUCAAAGUUCGGAAUGGAGUCAGACAAGUGAUGCUUGGAGAUUAUAAACCCUUAUAUGGAGAGCUGGACAAUGAAGUGGCAGCGGUCCAGCCGCCCCCUGUUGUUCACUAUUCCCAAGACCACACAGCUAACAAUGGAGCAGAGCAGAUUUCUCCACCGCUGCCGCCGAUCGAAUUUCCAAGGAGGGAGCCAGAGAACAGAAACCCCAGUCCACCUGACUCCCGUUACCCUGACCCACGAUACCCACCCUAUACUGAUAACAGGUACACUGAUCCUGUACAACCACACAGAUACCCCGUACAACCAGAGAGGAACCCCAUCACUCCAGCCCGCCGUCCCAGCCCCCCUGUCGGUCAACCAGAAGGCCACGUCCACACUUCUGGACCAGGGCUACAUCUUAUUGCCCUGAAUUCUCCACAAGUGGGCAACAUGAGAGGCAUUCGUGGGGCAGACUUCCUGUGCUUCCAGCAGGCUCGGGCUGUGGGCCUGAAGGGAACGUUCAGGGCCUUCCUGUCAUCCAAACUUCAGGAUCUCUACAGUAUAGUUCGCAAAUCUGACAGAGAGACAUUACCAAUUGUUAACCUCAAGGAUCAAGUCCUUUUCAGAAGCUGGGAGUCUCUCUUCAGUGACUCAGAGAGCAGGAUGAAGGACAGUGCUCCUAUCUACUCGUUUGAUGGCAGAGAUGUCCUGCGGGACAGUGCCUGGCCAGAGAAGAUGAUCUGGCAUGGGUCCAAUGGCAGGGGUCACAGACAGACGGAUAACUACUGUGAGACGUGGAGGGCCGGAGACCGUGCGGUGACGGGCUUGGCCUCGUCUCUGCAGGCUGGCCAACUCCUCCAGCAGACUUCCAGCAGCUGCUCCAGUUCCUACAUCGUGCUGUGCAUCGAGAACAGCUACAUGACACAAUCCAAGAAAUAAAGCCGUCCUAAAGAGCCUUUGAACACUCGACACAACUGUUUAUACAGGCCCAGUUUCACUCCAGUAGAUGCCUGUACCUAACGAA